ACACGAGACAAUGAGUGUGCUUGCUGAGUAAAGUUCUGUUGAGUAUCUAGCUGCUGGGAAGAAGAGAAAGACGGUCCACAGAGCGAGGUGAACGACGUUUGUCAAGAGAGGCAACUUACACUUGUUUGGAUCAGCUGUAGCUUGGAUCCCACGAGCCGUUUGCAUCAUGCAAGCUUCGAAGCUACUUGCCCUGUGUCUGGUCGUGACGUCCAUGUUGGUAGGAGCAAUGUGAUGCCAGUACCAGUUGUUUCCCGUGCCAGUGUGAGAAUGGAGUUCUCAUUUCAUGCCCAAACAUUACCCGGAUACCGAAACGAGUGUCUAGACUACUCUGCAGGUUGCAGUACAGAUGCCCACUGCCACAACACCUUGGGAUCCUUUCAAUGCACCUGCCGAUCAGGGUACACUGGUGAUGGAAUGUCUUGCACAGAUGACGACGAGUGUGGAGAUAAGACCGACCAUUGCAGUUCUAAUGGCACAUGCAACAACACAAUGUACCUGUGCCGCAGGGUACACAGGUGAUGGCUUCUUCUGCGCAGUCUCCGCAGGCCCUAAGUCUCUCAAGGGUGCUAACAGUGGAGCACCGACACAUUUGCCUUGUUUGGGAACGCAAGCAGCCUUGGUUAUGCUCCUAGGCGUGGUCCUACCGUGUGCACAUACACUGGUGUAGAGGGUGAAAUGGUUAUUCAUUCACAUGCUUACACAGAGUGAGAGCAGCUGACUUUCUACGGAGCCACCACCGAUCUGCCGCAUCCUUUUUUUGUGUACUGCGAUUUCUGGUUUUGCUUUGUUUGCAGCGUAGAGAUUUGCUAUAGCGAUACAAUUAAUUUUCGGUUUCCCGUUUUGUUGCACAGUAUAUACAAUUUCUUAUUUGCAUGGUUAUUAUAGGUUUCAUGCCACAUACCGUAGUGUAGUGUAGUAAAGCGUGUCUCAUAUUUCAGAGAAGCCUCUUUGAAUGCAAGCCUGAUUUUCAAGAUACACUAGCGUCACGUAAAGCCUGGUUUUAGUGUCGACACACAUAGAAAUACCUGGUUUGAAUAGAAGCCUAGGCCUGACAUUUGUUUCUACAGGAAUACGCCGCCCGGCUUUAAUACUCGGCAUUACGGUAUAAUUAUAGUCGCGUAGAGUACCGUGCCCCACGUUGUUGAUAUCUGGCAUUCCCGCUGUGUGCGUUACACAUUGCAUUUCUAACACCUUAUCAAUUUUCUUUGUGGAAUGGAUUUUUGUUGUAAGUGUAGUUCCUUGGUCCUCAUCUCUUCUUAUUUUUGACUUGCCUUGUUAU